GGUGCUAAUAAAUGAUGAGGGUAAGGGGGGCCUCUCUGUAAUUAACUAACCUCUUCUUCGUCCUAUUUAUAACGCUGCGUAGUCGCCUUCCCGAUUCCGGUUCUAUUGCUUCAACGGAGAGAAAAGAGAAGCAACUGUUCAUCUCUCUCUCCAAAUAAUAAUUCUGGUGAGGCUUUUUUAAUUUGUUGUUUGGAUUGGUCGGUAGGAGUUGGAAAUUGGAGACUUUGUGAGUUUUGAUGGGCAAAGGAGGGCAAGAUUAUGGGAAACAGGAGAGCGCUGGCGCUAAAUCGUCAUCCGGAGAGGAAGUUUUCGCCGCAUGGGCCAAAGAUGUACAAGAAUGCGAGGAACAGUAUCAGGUGAAGCGGGAGUACGGAUUGUCGGCCGGUCAAGUGGAGGAACAGCGGAAGAUCUAUGGAUGGAAUGAACUGGAGAAGCACGAAGGGCCGUCGAUUCUGAGGCUGAUCUUGGACCAGUUCAACGAUACUUUAGUGAGGAUUCUGCUUGUGGCUGCGGUGGUUUCCUUUGUCCUCGCUUGGUACGAUGGCGACGAAGGCGGCGAGACGGAGAUCACGGCGUUUGUGGAGCCUCUGGUCAUCUUUCUGAUCUUGAUCGUGAACGCAAUCGUUGGGGUUUGGCAAGAGAACAAUGCUGAGAAGGCGUUGGAGGCUCUGAAAGAAAUUCAAUCGGACCAAGCCACUGCGAUACGUGAUGGGAAAAAGAUUUCGGAUUUGGCUGCGAAAGAGCUUGUUCCGGGGGACAUUGUUGAGCUCCGGGUAGGUGACAAGGUCCCCGCUGAUAUGAGAAUUUUGGUUUUGAUUAGCUCGACUGUUAGGGUUGAGCAGGGUUCGUUGACUGGAGAGAGUGAAGCAGUUAGUAAGACAACCAAGGCUGUUCCCGAAGAUGCUGACAUUCAGGGGAAGAAAUCUAUGGUUUUUGCGGGGACGACAGUGGUGAAUGGGAAUUGUAUUUGCUUGGUUACUCAGACAGGAAUGACUACAGAGAUAGGGAAAGUGCAUUCACAAAUCCACGAGGCCUCGCAGAGCGAGGAGGAUACCCCAUUGAAGAAGAAAUUGAAUGAAUUUGGAGAGGUUCUCACAGCUAUAAUAGGGGUAAUUUGCGCAUUGGUGUGGCUUAUUAAUGUUAAAUACUUCCUUACUUGGGAGUAUGUGGAUGGUUGGCCUGGCAAUUUUAAAUUCUCUUUUGAGAAGUGCACAUAUUACUUUGAGAUUGCGGUGGCGUUGGCUGUGGCUGCCAUUCCUGAAGGUUUGCCGGCUGUCAUUACAACAUGUUUGGCCCUUGGCACAAGAAAGAUGGCUCAGAAGAAUGCUUUUGUAAGGAAGUUGCCUAGUGUUGAGACUCUUGGUUGCACAACCGUGAUCUGUUCUGACAAAACAGGUACCCUGACUACAAAUCAGAUGGCCGUAUCAAAGCUUGUGGCUAUGGGUUCGAGGGCAAGUGAUCUCCGGACAUUCACAGUGGAAGGGACCACCUACAAUCCUUCAGAUGGAAAAAUUCAGGACUGGCCCAUGGGUAGAAUGGAUGCUAAUCUCCAAAUGAUUGCAAAGAUUGCCGGUUUAUGCAAUGACGCUGGCAUAGAGCAAUCUGGGAGUCAUUAUGUUGCUAAUGGAAUUCCCACUGAAGCAGCACUGAAGGUGAUGGUUGAGAAAAUGGGGCUUCCAGAUGGAUUGAAUUCUGGGACAUCUUCAGGCUAUGGUGAUCUCCUGCGUUGUUGUCAAACAUGGAGUAAGCUUAAAAAUCGGAUUGCAACUCUUGAGUUUGACCGUGAUAGGAAAUCCAUGGGAGUAAUUGUAAGCUCCAGCCCGGGUAGAAAUUCAUUGCUUGUAAAGGGUGCAGUAGAAAAUGUGUUAGAGCGAAGCUCCUAUGUUCAAUUGCUUGACGGUACAAUUGUUGAACUGGAUCAAACUUCACGAGAUGCUAUUCUACAAAGCUUGCAAGAAAUGUCCUUGAGUGCAUUACGUUGUCUGGGUUUUGCUUAUAAGGACAACCUUCCUGAAUUUGCCACAUAUAAUGGUGAUGAAGACCAUCCCGCACAUGAGCUUUUACUUAAACCAUCUACUUAUCCUUCAAUUGAGAGCAAACUCAUAUUUGUUGGCUUGGCUGGGCUAAGAGAUCCUCCUCGCGAAGAGGUACGGCAGGCUAUUGAGGAUUGCAGAGCAGCUGGCAUCCGAGUAAUGGUUAUCACAGGAGAUAACAAGAAUACGGCAGAAGCUAUAUGUCGCGAGAUAGGUGUAUUUGGACCAGAUGAGGACAUUAGUCUAAAAAGCCUAACAGGGAGAAAGUUUAUGGAACUUCAUGACCCCAAAAGUCAUCUACAGCAAGUUGGUGGACUGCUCUUUUCUAGAGCUGAACCAAAACACAAACAAGAAAUAGUGAGAUUGCUAAAAGAAGAUGGCGAAGUAGUUGCAAUGACUGGGGAUGGAGUGAACGAUGCUCCUGCCUUGAAAUUGGCUGACAUUGGAAUUGCAAUGGGAAUUGCUGGGACUGAGGUUGCAAAGGAAGCUUCCGAUAUGGUUCUAGCUGAUGACAACUUUAGCACAAUUGUUGCCGCUAUUGGUGAAGGCAGAUCUAUUUACAACAAUAUGAAGGCAUUUAUCAGGUACAUGAUCUCCUCAAACAUUGGUGAGGUUGCCUCCAUAUUUUUGACAGCUGCUCUUGGGAUUCCAGAAGGCCUGAUUCCCGUUCAGCUUUUAUGGGUCAAUCUUGUUACCGAUGGACCGCCAGCAACAGCUUUGGGAUUCAAUCCACCUGACAAGGACGUUAUGAAGAAACCCCCUCGAAGAAGCGACGACUCGUUGAUCAGUGCUUGGAUUUUAUUCCGAUAUCUGGUGAUCGGACUCUAUGUUGGGCUUGCCACUGUGGGAAUAUUCAUCAUAUGGUACACCCACGACUCAUUCUUCGGCAUCAGCCUAAGUGGAGACGGACACAGUCUCGUCACUUAUUCCCAACUCGCCAACUGGGGUCAAUGCCAUUCCUGGGAGGGCUUCUCGGUAACACCUUUCCGGGCGGGAUCUCAAGAGUUCAAUUUCGAUUCAAAUCCGUGUGACUACUUCGGGACGGGCAAAAUAAAAGCGAUGACUCUCUCUCUGUCCGUCUUGGUUGCCAUCGAGAUGUUCAACUCCCUCAAUGCCCUCUCUGAAGAUGGCAGCCUCCUGACGAUGCCGCCAUGGGCGAACCCGUGGCUGCUUCUGGCCAUGUCUGUGUCAUUUGGGCUGCACUUCUUGAUCCUGUACGUGCCUUUCCUUGCCCAAGUCUUCGGCGUUGUGCCGCUGAGCCUGAACGAGUGGCUACUGGUUUUUGCGGUCGCAUUUCCCGUAAUUUUGAUAGACGAGGUUCUUAAAUUCGUUGGUAGAUGUAGCAGUGGUGUUGGAACAUCAUCUUCCGUUAAGAAAUCCUCCAAGCGUAAAGCUGAAUGAGGAACGCUUUGAUUUGGUUUAGGUUUAUCCUUUGUGGGCUGAACUGACAAUUGCGCAAGUGUCCUCCCAUUUGAACGUGCAAUAUGUAAAUUGGGUUUACAAAAAUCUUUUAAACUUAGAGAAAGUAAUACUCUUAUCCCAUUCUUCAUUA